AUGAGCCAAGAGCAACCAAGGAGGCCUAAAGAGCCAGUCAAAUACGGGGACGUUUUUGAAGUCUCCGGUGAACUAGCUGAUAAGCCCAUAGCACCCGAGGAUGCAAAGAUGAUGCAAUCCGCGGAGACACAUGUGUUCGGCCAUACUCAGAAAGGCGGUCCAGCUGCGGUCAUGCAAUCUGCAGCCACCACCAAUAUACGCGGUGGCUUUGUCCAUCCAGGUGACAAAACUGAGCUUGUCGCUGAACGAGGCGCCACAGUGGAGCAAACAGUCCCAGCUACAACCGUCACAACCGAAUUCGUCGCUGGACAGGUGGUUUCCAAAAUUACGUACUUCUUUUUCAUAUAUUCAUCUUUUGUUUUGGGGUAA